AGACUAUGCAGAAUGAAGUGAUUAUGCCUAAUCAAGACUGUGCUACCCCACCACCUGACAUAGUAUUUUCGGGAAAAACAACUGCUGCACAAAGCUGUCUUCAAAAGUACAUAAUUUUUACGUGUUCAAUGGUUUUGGUGACGGUGAUCACUACGACCUGUGUUGCAGCUAUUGAAGCACUUCGAUAUUUGUACGACGCUUUUUACAUACCACUAGUUUUUUCUGUACUCGGUGCAACCUUCUUGUUAGUGCUUUCCAUUAAUGAGAAAGUUAGAGUGACUUUCCCACUCAAUGACGUACUGAUCUCACUUUCGGUCUUAUUAUGGUCUAUUGCAUUGCCUGUUGUCACCAAAUCCAUGGGAUUUUUUAUUUUUGUGCCAUGGGGAAUAACAAUCACUGUAGCUGUGAUGACUCUGAUAAUCGGAUACAAAACUGUGAAACGGAGUGCGAAAGUGAGCAUCAUAUUAUUGGGCGUCGCUGGUGGAAUCACAGUGUUGGGUAUCAUUCUGUUAAUUGCUUUAAGACUUACUAAGCGGGAACGAAUUGCAGUUAUUCUGUUUGGCAUAUUUUUGGCUAUCGCUUUACUCAUUGUGUUAUAUCUCACCGGACAAGGUAUAAAGCGUUGCAACAAAGAAACUACGAGGACUCUCCUACCAAGUGGGUUAGCUCUGAUUACUUGGGCAGAAAUUGUUUACUUAUUCGUAUCCAUAGCUGUGAUGUUUAUAUAAGGCAAAAUAACGGAACUUUAUUCAAUUG